AUGGCGGCAGUACCUAUUCGAUCAAACUUGUCUUUACGAGGCUCUUCUAGACUAAUUAGUGAAUUUUUCGAAUACGCGGUGAAUUCUAUCCUUUUUCAACGGGGCAUCUAUCCACCUGAGGAUUUUAAAGUAGUGCGCAAAUAUGGAAUAAGCAUGCUUGUCACGGUAGACGAGGAAGUCAAAACAUACAUUAGAAAGAUUAUAUCGCAGCUUCAUCGUUGGACCUGUGGAGGAAAGAUACAAAAGGUUGCGUUAGUUAUAACCAACAAGGAUUCUGGAGAAGAUUUAGAACGCUGGCAGUUUAAUGUGGAAAUCCUACAAAAGGAUAGUCCGACAUCGAUAGAAAACCCAGCCCAAGAUGAAACUAGGAUUCAAAAGGAAGUACAGGCUCUAAUUCGUCAAAUUACAGCAACCGUGACCUUUUUGCCUCAACUUGAAGGACGUUGUACGUUCAAUGUACUAGUUUACGCCGAUCGCGACAGCGAAGUCCCUACAGACUGGGUAGACAGCGACCCGCGCUUAAUCAAGAAUGCCGAGCAAGUUCAACUACGAAGCUUUAGUACCAACAUGCACAAAAUUGAUUGUCAAGUUGCCUAUCGCUUUGACCCAUAA